AUGCUGCUUGACGAAGACCCUGCUACGUUAAUUCAUCAUACUAUCGGUAACUUCAAUAUCCAACCGGACAGACAGGCAGUCUCGCGCAUCAAUGACUCCCUCGCCACGCUCCAGCAAUCGCGAGACCUGCGCAUCCGAGAGGCUGAGACCUCUUUGCGGAAGCUUGCCCGAAAUCUUCAUUCCUUGAACACACGACAUGAGGAAGCGAUCGCAGUUCAUGACUCCAGCAAGCAUGCUGCCGAAAUUGUGGAGUUGGAUACAAAGAAGUUUCGCAUUGCCAAGACCGCAACCGAAUUAGAGAUUGAGAGCGAACGCCUAGAGAGUGAACUUGAAGUGCUCAAGGAGCGACUGGCCGAUCUCGAGUCGCAGGGUCUUGAGGGUGACGAGACGACUCGCCGCGAACGGGAGGCGGACGACGCAACCAUAUUACGACUGAAGAUUUUCCGGUCCCUGGGCAUUGAUAUCGAGCCGGAUGAAGCGGGCAACUUCAGCCGCGCGGUGAUUCGGAAUAGUCGCAAGGGCGACGUACACGUGGUGAAUAUCGAUCCGAAAUUCUCUCGGUUCUUCUAUUCAAACUACUUCUGGUCAACAAUGCAAGGUUGA